AUGGACUCAGCUGAAGAUACGGAGGUCCGCCGAGCACUCGUUCAGCAAGGCAUCCUCCUGGGACGUCAACAGGAGGAGAUAACUGCAUCUCAUCAGGCCAUGACUAAUAUGUCACAACAGAUCGCCGCGAUCUCCCAGCGCCUCGAUCAGGUUCAGAUCGGCCCGCAGGCGGGUCGCACGGCCGCUGCGUCGGCGGAGGAAGGGGCACCCGCGUCACGCCGAUCCGAGCCCCGCCUUAAUCCUCCGGCUCCAUACGCGGGUGAGCCCACUUUAUGCCGUUCCUUCUUAUCACAAUGCUCCCUGACCUUUUCACUACAGCCUUCCUGCUUCCCCACUGAGAGUUCCAGGGUCGCCUUUGUGAUAAUGCAUCUGGCUGGGAUGGCUAGAGAAUGGGGAACGGCUAUGUGGGACAAUGGGAGCGAAUGCUGCAGUUCCUACACUGGUUUUUCCCAGGAGCUACGGAAGCUUUUUGACCGGUCGGCUCUGG